GAUCUCGUCUUGCAAUUCAGUAGUUGCAUCCCCUCUCGCUCGCUCGCUCGCUCGUGGCCAUGGCGAAACCCCGGGGGGCGCCGCCGCUCCUCCACCCCCGCCCGCACCGGCGGCUCCUGCGCUCGCCGAUCUCGCGCUGCGCCUGCCUGCUCCUCGCCUUCGCCGCGCUCCUCCUCCUCUCCUCCCUGCACCAGGUCGUGCGGGUCGACGUAUCCCGCACGGACCCGCCCCGCCAGGUGUCAAGCGAUCAACUGUGGGCUUCUAAUGGCUAUGGUUAUCAUGCUUGUGUUACACCAACCUCUGGAUAUAAGGUUCAAGGCAAGUCAGACAGCUACAUGACUGUUAGAAGUAAUGGAGGACUCAACCAAAUGCGCACUGGAAUUUGUGAUAUGGUCGCAGUUGCCCGUUUGGUGAAUGCAACACUUGUUAUCCCUCAGUUAGAUAAGCGAUCCUUCUGGCAAGAUACCAGUACAUUUAAAGACAUAUUUGAUGAGCCUCAUUUUAUUAAAGCUUUGGAAGGAGAUGUCCACAUUGUGAGUGACUUGCCUGAAGGUUUGCAAUCUGCUCCAAGAGCCCGGAAACACUUCACCUCAUGGUCUGGUGCAAGUUAUUAUGAGGAAGUGAAAGAGCUCUGGAAGAAUCAGAAGGUAGUUCACAUCCCAAAAUCAGACUCGCGUCUUGCUAACAACGGUCUUCCAAUUGAUAUCCAGAGAUUGAGAUGCCGCUGUCUUUACCAAGCACUGCGAUUUUCAGAUCUAAUUGAAGACCUAGGAAAGAAGCUAGUAGAGCGUCUAAGAUCUCGUGGAAAAUAUAUUGCUCUUCAUCUACGAUAUGAAAAGGAUAUGCUAGCAUUUACGGGAUGCACUUACAGUCUGAGUGAUUCAGAAGCAAAUGAGUUGAGAAUUAUGAGAGAGAGAACAAGCCACUGGAAACUGAAGGAUAUAAACUCAACUGAACAGAGAUAUGAAGGAAACUGUCCACUGACUCCAAAUGAGGUGGGCAUUUUUCUGCGUGCUAUGGGCUAUCCUGAAUCCACAUGGAUAUACCUUGCAGCAGGUGAAAUUUAUGGUGGUGAAAAGUAUAUAUCAAAAUUGAGAUCGUACUUCCCAAAUUUGGUUAGCAAGGAGAUGCUAGCAACAAAAGAAGAGCUUGAGAAAUUCAAUAAUCACGCCUCUCAAGUUGCUGCCCUUGAUUACAUAAUUGCAGUUGAAAGUGAUGUGUUUGUUCCAUCACACUCUGGGAAUAUGGCAAAAGCUGUAGAAGGCCAUCGUCGAUUUCUAGGGCAUCGUAAAACUAUCACUCCUGAUAGUUUAAUCUGCAGGAAAGGAUUGGUGGAACUCUUUGAUUUACUGGAAAAAGGGGAUCUCAUGGAAGGUCCUAAGCUGUCUUCACUUGUUACUGAGAUGCAUAAAUACAGACAAGGGGCUCCAAGGAAGAGAUAUGGCUCCUUGCCAGGAAGCAAGGGCAGAGCACGGCUUAGGACUGAGGAAUCUUUUUAUGAAAACCCAUUUCCUGAGUGCAUCUGUUUGACUGGGAGGCACUGAUGUGCUGCUGAUGUAUAGCUUUGUAUGAUGACACGGUUCACUCUUCAUUGGAAGUGCGCUAGUGCUUCAAAUUUGGCCAUUGGAGCUCUGUUGACACAUUAAGCUAAACUGUUACUCAAUGAUGCAAUUUAGUGAAGGAUGUCUUCUUGUGAUCAACAUCCAAUCCAGUUUACCUUUGUUGAUCCAGAUGGAGGGCUGCCCACUGCAACCAAGCAACUGUACAUGAAUUGUUUUGUUUCCACAAAGUAGGGAGAUUUGACAUGUAUGCUUUAGUCACGAAAGUUACUAGAUAUAUGUAUUGGCAAGCAUCUGUACCCUUCGAGGCAAUAAUAUCAGGAAAAAAUUUAUAGCAACAAGCAUUUAGCCUUUAAUGAGCAAGUUUACACA